GGAGGAGGAGGAGGAGACAUGGGGAACGUGACGUCGUCGGUGGCGGCACGAUUUGCGUUCUUCCCACCGGAGCCGGCGACGUACGAGGUGUUCCGGGAGGGGGGAGGAGAAGGGCCGCUGUGCCUGUCGAGGCUGCCGCCGGGGAAGAACGUGGAGGUGCACCUGGUGGAGACCAAGGCCGGGAACCGGGUGGUGGCCACCUUCUGGCGCCACCCCUUAGCCCGCUUCACCCUCCUCUACUCCCACGGCAACGCUGCCGACCUCGGCCAGAUGCUCGACCUCUUCCAUGAGCUCCGUUCCCACCUCCGCGUCAACAUCAUGAGUUAUGAUUACUCAGGUUAUGGAGCAUCUACAGGAAAGCCAUCUGAGUUCAACACAUACUAUGACAUAGAAGCAGUCUACGAUUGCUUGAUGAAAGAGUAUGAGAUAAAACAGGAGGAUCUCAUUUUGUAUGGUCAGUCUGUUGGUAGUGGACCGACAUUGCACCUGGCUGCACGUUUACAGAAACUGGGAGGUGUAGUCCUCCAUAGUGCAAUCCUCUCAGGCAUACGAGUCUUGUAUCCUGUGAAAGUGACAUUGUGGUUUGAUAUUUUUAAGAACAUUGACAAAAUUCGACAAGUAAACUGCCCAGUUCUUGUUAUACAUGGAACCUCCGAUGAGAUUGUUGACUGGACUCAUGGAAAACGCCUGUGGGAGCUAUCGAAAGAAAAGUACGAUCCAUUGUGGAUCAAGGGAGGCGGCCACUGCAACCUAGAGACAUUUCCCCAAUUUAUCAAGCACCUGCGAAAAUUUAUCAAUGCGAUGGAGAAGCUCACUCUUGUGAAACAGAUAACACAGAGUAGUCUGUCGAUAUCAGCCGUCACAGAAGUAAAAUAUAACAAGUGUUUGAGACUUGGCAAAAGAUAGCUGUUCUAACAACUCUUAAAGUUCCCCAUUCAGCUCGGCUGCAAUGAGUCUCUUGCGUCAAACAGUUCAAGAUUAACAACGUCGAGAUCACAAAUUGAUACAUCGAUAAGUAGGCGAUCAUGAAUUUAAUUAUUCUUAUGAUUUGCCAGAUUGAUGGCUUAUGCAGACACUCACCACCUCGAAAGCAGAAGAUAUGGCUUUGUUUCUUAGAUCAUGCACUUCAUGUUCUCUUUUUCUCCUCAGAGGAACAGACUAUGUUCUCUUUCAAUUCUGUAAGUAGUACUUGUAUCUGUUUAUCAACAUUGGAAAAUGAAGCUAAGUGAUGGAAGACAGAUGAUAAUGAGUUUGUAAUCGAUUAAUAGAUGUAACAAGAAUGUAGUCAACCUUCAGAACGAGCAAAGAAAUGUUUGCAGUGGA